CUGUCCAGUCCGCUGCAUUCUGGAACGUGGAGAAGAUAUAUUAAUAUCUGGAGGCCGUCAUCCUUACCUUGGAAAGUACAAAGUAGGAUUCAUGAAUGAUGGUAGAAUCAUGGCCCUGGAUGUUGUGCAUUAUGCUAAUGGUGGCUUCACACUGGAUGAAUCUCUAUUUGUGACAGAGAAUGGUCUCCUAAAGUUGGACAAUGCUUACAAGAUCCCAAACUUACGUUGUCGAGGCCUUGCUUGCAAAACUAAUCUUCCUUCUAAUACUGCUUUCCGUGGAUUUGGCUUUCCCCAAGCAGCACUGAUUACAGAAGCAUGCAUAACAAAAGUUGCAGCCCAAAGUGGUUUGCCACCAGAGAAGGUGAGAAUUAUAAAUAUGUACAAAGAAAUGGAUGAAACACACUACAAACAGGAGAUUAAUGCACACAACCUAAUGAAAUGUUGGAAUGAAUGCAUGGAGAUGUCCUCGUACUAUGCAAGGAAAACAAUGGUAGAAGAUUUCAACAAGAAGAAUUAUUGGAAAAAGAAAGGGAUUGCACUUAUUCCAAUGAAAUUUCCUAUUGGUCUUUUCUCACUUGCUGCUGGUCAGGCAGCUGCUCUAGUUCACAUCUAUCUGGAUGGAUCUGUGCUAGUGACUCAUUCUGGCAUUGAAAUGGGGCAGGGGGUUCACACCAAAAUGAUUCAGGUUGUCAGUCGUGAGUUAGGAAUGCCGAUGGCCAAUAUUCACUUGCGUGGAACAAGUACUGAAACGGUCCCUAAUGCAAAUAUCUCAGGAGGAUCUGUGGUGGCAGAUCUUAAUGGCAUGGCAGUGCAGGAUGCUUGUCAAAUUCUUCGAAAACGUCUGGAACCCAUCAUUAGCAAAAACCCUCAUGGCACUUGGAAGGACUGGGCAAAAGAAGCUUUUAAUCAAAGCAUUAGUCUUUCAGCAACUGGAUAUUUCAGGGGCUAUGAGUCUGACAUGGACUGGGGAAAAGGUGAAGGUCAGCCAUUUGCCUACUUUGUUUUUGGAACUGCCUGUUCAGAAGUUGAAGUUGAUUGUCUGACAGGAGAUCAUAAGAACAUAAGAACAGACAUUGUCAUGGAUGUUGGUCACAGUAUCAAUCCAGCUAUUGAUAUAGGUCAGGUUGAAGGUGCAUUUAUUCAAGGUGUGGGUCUUUAUACAUUAGAGGAACUGAAAUACUCACCUGAAGGAAACCUCUACACUCGGGGGCCAGAACAGUAUAAAAUUCCUUCCUUCUGUGAUGUUCCUACUGAGUUCAAUGUUUCCUUUUUGCCUGCUUCCGAAGUUGCACACACUCUAUAUUCAUCAAAGGGCCUGGGUGAGUCUGCAUUAUUCCUGGGAUCUUCUGUGUUUUUUGCCUUACAUGAUGCAAUAUGUGCAGCUCGACGAGAAAGAGGAUUUUCUGGAGAUUUCACGUUGAAUAGUCCGUUGACUCCUGAGAAGAUUAGAAUGGCAUGUGAAGAUAAAUUUACAAAAAUGAUUCCAAAGGAUGAACCUGGGUCUUUUGUUCCUUGGGACAUUCGCAUAUGAAUCAAUGACAAACUUGGGGAGAAAAUGUGAUAGAGAUUUUGAUUAUAUCUGGAAAUAGGGAAUUAAUCUCUCCAAUUUCUCUGUGCUUUAUGAUGGCAUAUCUAAAAACAUUAAUUUCCACAAAUCAUUAAGAGUUUGACAAAUAAAUGCUUUUAACUCUGUUUUUAGGUACAUUCAACAACCACCCUCCCUCCUCAGAUUUUUACAGCUAUCCAUCCUUAUUAGGCAGUGAAGACCAAAUCAAAGGCACAGUGUCUAGCCUGUUUCCUCUAGAAUGUUUUUUCUUCCAUUGUAUCAUGAAAAUGUCAUGGGUAAAUUGCAUGUGAGUUCAUGUGGCUAGCAUUUUCCUACAUUGUCUUGUCUCCCUGGGUCCCUAUUGGAGAUGAGAAAGUGGUCAGAAUACUCCAAAUGCUCCAGAGUCUGAUGGGGUGAUUAACAAGUGGAAAUUUCAGCUUGAGAGUCAGAGCCCCUAGGAAAGGGCAGUGUGAUACAGUAGAAAGAGCACUAAAUUUCAAUCAAAGGGCCUAGGUUUGUAUUUUUGUUCUAGCACUGUCUGUGUGGCAAGUCACUUAACUUCUCUGGGCCCUAGUUUUGUUAUCUGUAAAAUAAAGGCAAUAAGUUAGAUAAGACCUCUAAGAUCUCUUCUAGCUUUAAAUCAAUGCUACUAUGACAUUGGAUCAGACUAGCCCUAAAAUAUUGCCAAACUUUGGAAUUGAAAGAUUAAAUGAUCCGCAAGUAAAAGCCAGACAUUCAUUAGUCAGUAAGAUACUUGAGUCGGAAAAAUAGGAUCCAAGUCCAAGAGUAAUAGGUCAAAAGCCAAGGGCAACUGUAAAAAUCAAAUUUGGGAUGAUAAAAUUCAGUAGAAAUGUGUGCCUAUUUUAUUCUAAAACAUGUUCCCUUGGGGCUAGAUCCCACUUGAAAGAGUCAAUGGGCUGUUGACAAUGGGCUUUAACUUAUUUGAGUCUUUGUGUCCUUUAUCUGUAAAAUGAAGAGGUUUAACAUGAUGAUCUUUAGGAUCCUUUCCAGUUUGAACAUUUUCUGAUUCAUUAGUUUUUGCUUAAUGGUGGAAACAUUGCUUUCAUUGAAAGGUAAAUAAUGGCUAUGAAAAUCCCAAAAUCUUAGCAUUUUUCCUAAAUGGGGUUUAUCUUAUAUGGUAUACAUUAAACAAAUAAAAAUAUUAUUAUUAUUAUUUUUUUUUUUGGUGAGAGCUAGCUUAUCUUUUGCCACAGAAUGGAUAUCAGGCACACACACAUACAUACACACACACACACACACACACACACACACACACACACAUGGAUUAUUAUGAUUUUUAUUUUAUUGCUUCUUAAGCUUUGUAUUUUCACAUAGUCAGUUUUCUUAAGGCAGGAUAUGCCCAUGUUUUACUUUGUUUGCCCCAUUCCUGAACCUAGUAAAUAUUCUACAGAAUUGACAUUCAGUAAAUCCUUGGUGACUAAUGAACUUUUUGAAUAGUUUUUCUAAAGAUCUGAGGAGUGGAGGGAAAGCAAAUAUAUUUGAUUCCAUUUAUUUCUGGUUUAUAUUGAAGAAGUGCUAAUAAUAAAUACUCAAUUUUGCUUCUAUGAUGAAGUAUGGCCUUCCAUACUUAUAUAGAAAACGCACUCAUUUGCUGCAAAAAAUUAGCCUCUAUCCUACAAGCAUUUGGGGUGUUCAUUAUCACCUCAGACUUAAAGCUGUAAGUCUAUUAAAUAUAAGAUGAGAAUAUAUGUUAGAUUGUUAUUAAAAUAACUACUGAUCUUUAUAUAGUGCUUUAAGUUUUGCAAAACAUUUUACAUAUAUUAUCUCAUUUUAGCCAUGUAACAGCCCUUCUAAUAGGUGGACUCGGAGAGGUUUGUUUCAGAAUGCAAACUCCCUGGAGAGAUAUUGAUUGUUCUCUCUUUUAUGGUAACAUAUGUUGUUAGGUAGUGAUGAUUAAUAAAUACCAUCUAAUAAUGAUGAUGA